AUGCAUCUUGUUGUCAGAACUUUUUAUCUCUCUCUCUCUCUCUCUCUCUCUCUCUCUCUCUCUCUCUCUCUUUCUCCGAAAGCCGUUUCGUUUGCAACACACGGAAGACACAACGACAACGCACACACGAGCGCGCGUGUGUGUGUGCCGGCUGAAACAGGCAGGCACAGGGCCCCCUCUCUCCCUCUCUCCCUCUCUCCCUCUCUCCCUCUCUCCCUCUCCCUCUCUCCCUCUCUCCCUCUCUCGCUGCAUGGGCCGCGACGACCGUUCUUCGACAUGCCGCGCCAGAACGCCACUGCGCGGCGGCAAAAGCGCCAGCAGCGCAAGGAUAAGCAACAGCGCGUUGCGAGCAAGAAGGAGUUGGCAAAUGCCAAGGCUGCUGCGGCAGGAGAAGAGGACGAGGAUCUCGACGCACUCUUGGCCCAGUUUCAAGCCCUGGACAAGGAGGCCACCACCUUCCGCGAAGUCGUGUGCAAGGCCCCGUCCCCACGCGCCUAUGCGGUCCUCGCCCCGCACCCGCUCAACCAUGACGAGCUCGUCCUUCUCGGCGGCGAGUUUAACAACGGCCACAAAACCUUGAUCUAUGGAGACCUCUUUGUAUACAACGCCAAAAAGGACCAAUGGCGCCAGCUCACCAUCCCGGGUUGCCCGCCGCCCCGCUCGGGCCAUCAAGCUGUCACGCUCGGCCGCUUGGGUGGACAGAUGUGGUUGUAUGGCGGCGAAUUUGCCGCGCCCUCUGGGGCUCAGUUUCGACACUACAACGAUCUGUGGGUAUGGCACAUGGCUGACAACCGCUGGGAAAAUAUGCCCGGACCCCACCCUCCAGCCCGUAGCGGUCAUCGCAUGGUCGUCUUCAAGAAGAAUCUGCUCGUCAUGUUCGGUGGCUUCCAAGACGACGGCAAGAAGGCUCCCAAGUAUUUCAACACCGUCCACAUCUACGACCUCGACCACUACAAGUGGAGCCGCGUGGAUUUUCCCCCCACCAUGCCUGGGCCUGCUGCGCGCUCGGCGUGUCAAAUGGUGGCACUGCAAGACCAAGUGAUCAUCACCGGAGGCUAUGCCCGCGAGCGUGUCAAAGGCGACGCUUACAAAGGCGUGGUCUUUGAUGAUGUCUGGAGCCUGGUAGCGGAACAGGAUGAGACCGCCUUUCAGCACUACGAAGCCGAGUGUGACAGCUCCAAACCAAAGCCACCCGGCAAAAAAGAUGGCACUCAUGCCUGUGGCUACAAGUGGUCCUGGCAGCGCAUGCGCCCCGGUGGUGAAACUCCACCAGUGCGUGCCGGCGCGGCAGCCGUUGCACGCUCGGUAACUCAGAUGAUUUCCUUUGGCGGCGUACAAGACGAGGAAACGGAUGAUGCUUUGCAAGGCCAAUUCUACAACGAUGCCUACCUUCUCAACACGGCCAACAACAUGUGGGCACGUAUGAAACUCAAAGCGAAGAAGGGUUCAGCCGCUGCGGCGGCGGAAGAGCCGUUGUGGCCCUCUGCACGCAUUGGCAGUCUUUUGGCCAUGCAGGGCAAUACGCUGUAUCUGUAUGGCGGUGUAACUGAAGUGGGCGACAGGCAGGUCACCUUCAACGACCUGUACAGUAUCGAUGUGAACAAGAUGCAAGAGUGGAAAGUUCAUGUCGAGAUGGACUCUCGAGCUCAGGAAUGGCUGCAAGAAUCCAGCAGCUCAGAAGAUGAAGAAGACGAAGAAGAGGAGAACUAGCGGUGAUUUAAUGCGUACGAGGGAACGCGAGAAGAUGGAAAAAAACUCUUAUCGCACAACGCGAGUGUUUGAGACGGACCAGCUCGCACAAGCAUGGUGUGAUCUUUUUUGCCAUUUGUGUGAGAUGCAAUUAAUUUUAAAGAUUC